UCCGCACGCGUCGGCCGCCCGGCGCGCCCGAGCUCUCGCCUCUAACUACACAUAUCACUGUUUACCUUAGUGUUUUUAUAAGGUUCUGUUGAGCCCUGUUCUAGGCUCGCCGGUUUACCUCAUCAGGACGGUGUGCGCGCCGGCUCUCGCCGCGCGACUGUUCUUCGUCAUGGUGUCGGUGCAAUGUUUGAUGUGCAAUAGAGCCAUUGCAUAAGUGGCUUCACAUGUCACUUGCUACAAGUUGACGGGCAGUGGCCGAGCUGCGACCGCCGUCGUCGCGGUGUCAACAAACUCGUGUCAUUUUGUCAUCGUGACAUCAAUGUCAAUCGAUCUUGGUGGUGUUCAGACGCGCACUGUUUUUUGGCAGACAUGUUGAACUGCAACUAAAAAUCAUGCAAAAUUCAUUGAAAGUAUCUCAGAAAAAUAAAAGCACGUUUCUGUAUCUUGAUCAAAUACAAAAUGUGGCAAUGUUCUUUAAGAAAACAUUUUUGUCCUGAUGAGGUAAACUAGAGAGGGUCCGAGCAGUUUGCACAAAACCUCGCUGAAAAUACAAAGGGACGCGUUUUCCUCCUGCGCUCGUUCGCUUGCCUUUAUAUCAAAAAAUCUUCAUCAUAAAAGCCCUUUGACGUAAUUGAUUAAUAUUUCCUUCCAGCUCAUUUUAUAUAAAUACGGUUGUGAUUCUUUUCCUAAGUUACGAAUAUAUACAUAGUUAUUGUACCAGGAGCAUGUUGUGAAUGUGCUCUCCGCGAUCGAAAUCGAGACUGCGAUGUUGUAGUGUUUUGAUAAACGAACUAUUGUGUAGUCAAUUAUAGUAGUCUAACGUAUACAAGCGUUUUGAUGUUGUUUAUACUGUGACGGUCGUGAUGUCGCACCUACCUCAGCAAGGCUUCGUGCCCGAGAAGAUACAGGAGUACAACCUGCGCGCCAACGCCGACGCCGCGGACUCGCCGCCGCACCAGAAGAUACGGAAUGCACAGGACGGCACGCACAAGAAGGAGCCCAGUCAGAACGGCACCGACAAGCCGCCGGCCGCCACCGAUAAGGCCAGGAUAGAGGAGAAGACGAGGGGUGACGCCGGCGUCCCCGCGCGCCUCGACAACAAGAAUCCUUUUUCGCCCAACUACUACCGCCAUCGGCAGCAGACGGGGCACUUCGAGAUGGGCCCGCGCGGGCUGGACUACUCGCCGCACCGCAUGGGCGCAGAGUUUGCUGGCCGCGUGCGGGAGUUCGGUCCGCAGCGCUUGACCUCCAUCCACGGACACGAGCUAACAGAGGGUCCGGGGCCGGAGCCGUUGAUGCAGCGCGCACACUUCGGCAGCCAGGCGACGGAGGCCGUGUUCCGGCAGGAGUACUUCGGGCCGGCGGGCGCGUCGCCGCCGCGCGCCUCGCGCUUCUCCUCCCAGGAGUACCUGGCGGCGCCGGGCGGCGCGCGCUGGCCCGACCCGCGCGCUGACCCGCGUGCCGAGUACCGCCAGCGCCGCCGCUCGCAGCAAGACCUGCACUCACUCGGACACAGCCCGGAAUCAGGUAUUCUUUGCCCGCGCGACGUCACACAGCCCAUGGCACAUGUUUUUUUACAGAAAUCAUUUACCGAAAUGUGACAAUCGUUUCUGUAAAAUCACUACGAUGUUUUAUAAAAAGCAGAAACGUUGCUACUCGCCUGCCGUCUGAUGUCUGCAGUCUGCUCGGAGCCACAGACUUAAAGAAAAUUAUUAUUCAUGGGCGAAGUUCGCUUCACUUAAUUUUUGUUUAGCAACUUUUAUUUUCUUUUCUGUAUUUGAGAAAUGCUGCAAAUUGUCUUCGGGGAGAAUAAUUCCACGGAAGGCAAAUUAUUUAUUCGAAAACAUAUUACUAUGUUAUACUUUUCUCAGCCAAACAAAGUUUAUAAAUUUAUGUACAUAAAAAAAGUUUCUAGUAACAUUAUUUAAAUUAUUCGUUAUUUAUUUGCUCUUAAAUAUUCCGUGAGGACCGCGGUGUUUAGCUACCAGCUCGUUCUCAUCACAAAACGUUCUCUGUCCAUCUAAUAUCACGCCACGUAGUAUGAUCACCGUUACAAAGAUGUGAUGAUGUAUGGAGAAGCCGCAACAAACAGACACAACGUACCAGUAAAUAUUGUUUUGUUAGCUGUAGCCGUGCGAAGCGGAGAUACUUCUUAAUUAUUUGCUUACUUCAUAGGGAUUUUAGGGCUUUUUAUCAUUGUUUUUUUUUUGUUUUAUAUUCCUAUUAUAUUAACUAGCCACAAGUUGUCAUUAUGGUUGCAUAGCAACUGUUGGGCAACUCUGAACAGGCGCAACAUGCUCCAAAGAGACAGGUUGAAAAUCAGCUCUGCGUGGCAUUGCCCAUUGACACACGCUGAGCCUGCAGCCCAUUUUUUUUUAAAUGUAAAUUGUAUUAGACUCCGUAUACCUGUAAAUAGGUACUCGUAUAUAUUAUGAUGGCAAUAAAGGGGUUUUAAUCUUAUUUCUCUUAUUUUUU